UCCGAGAGUACCCAGUCCCGCAGUCGCUUCUGCCGCCGGUCACAGCCGAAUCUCGCCCUCCGCGUUCGGGCGUCCGUUCAGCGCCCGCCACUCAGUCUCACUCGCGCCGGCCACCUCUGCUCCACCGGGUUCCUCCCGGCUGCCCGUCGUCGUCGCCGCCUGUCAACACCGGACGCCCCCGCCGUCGCCGCCGCCACCACCACCACGACGUCGCUCGCCGCCGCCGCCGCCGCCACCCCCCGCCGUACGGCCUACGCCGUGACUCUCUCCCGUCGCGCUCGCCGCCUGAGCAGCGUCGCCUCGCUGAGCUAA